CUCCUCCUUCUCUUCCUCCUUCAGUCUUUCGCCCAGAAGCUGCAGCUGAAGGUGCCUUCCAUGGAGUCUCUGUUUCGCUCUCCUGUGCGAGGGGAGGGGCUGUUCCGUGCCUCUUCCCGGGAGAACCUGACCCGCGUCUCUUCCCGGGAGAACCUGACCCGCAGCUCUUCCCGUGAAUCGCUUACUGCCCUGGGGGAGAACGAGCCCCUGGGAACCCCUGCCUACGACCCCCCCUCGGACAUCGAGAGCGAAGCGGAAGACAUGUACAGCAGCGCAGAUACCCUGUCAAAGGAACAGCUUCUGCAUCGCCUGCACCAGAUGGAGAGGAGCUUGGGAAACUACCGCGGGAAAUACUCAGAGCUGGUCACUGCUUAUCGGACAGUACAGAGAGAUAAAGAGAAAACGCAGGCCAUUUUGAGUCAAAGCCAAGAUAAAGCAUUGCGCAGAAUUGGAGAGCUGAGAGAGGAGCUGCAGAUGGACCAACAAGCAAAGAAACACCUGCAGGAGGAAUUUGAUGCAGCCCUGGAGGAGAAGGACCAGAUGAUCACAGUCUUACAGACACAGGUGGCCCUGAUGAAGAAGCGGCUCCAGGUAAUUCCUGGAGGCGGAGUCUCGUCCGAGUCUGCUCCCACACAGGAGACACAGGAGGCGGAGUCUGCCCCAACACAGGGGUCUCAGGGGGCGGAGGCUGCCAUGCAAAGCCCCUCCAAAGACAUAAGCAGUGAGCCAGCGGUUGUGAAUGAGGCAGAGGGAGACACUGACCCUUCAAAGAAGAUGGAGGCCCUGCAGCAGCGUGUGCGGCGGCAGGAGAAUAUUUUACAGAAGUGCAAGGAGCUCCUGCACACGCACAAGGAGCGCAGCACCCAGCUGAGCAGCGAGAACGAGACCCUGCACAACCAGCUGCAGGAGCGGCUCCAGGAGCUGGAGAAGAUGAAGGAACUUCACACUACAGAGAAAACAAAGCUCAUCACACAGCUUCGCGACGCCAAAAACCUCAUCGAGCAGCUGGAGCAGGACAAGGGCAUGGUGAUCGCGGAGACCAAGCGGCAGAUGCACGAGACGCUGGAGAUGAAGGAGGAGGAGAUCGCACAGCUGCGCUCACGGUUCCAGCAGGUGGCAGCACAGAAGGACGAGCUGCAGGAGCAGAAGGAGAAGUCUGAGAAAGCCGCAUUUGAGGAGUUGGAAAGGGCUCUGGGCGUGGCUCAGCGGGCGGAGGAGGGGCGGAAGCAGCUGCAGGCACGGAUGGAGGAGCAGGUGAAGGAGGUGGAGCGAGCCAGCGAGGAGGAGAGGAAGAACCUGCAGCAGGAGCUGUCCCGUGUCAAGCAGGAGGUCGUCAGCAUCAUGAAGAAGUCGUCGGAGGACAGGGUGACGGAACUGGAGCGGCUGCAUGCGGAGGCCCUGGCCAGUAAGGAGAAGGAGCUGCUGGCCAGGCUGCAGGACCAGGACUCCCGGGUUCAAGAGCAGAUCAGCCAGGCUGUGGAGGCGUCUCGGAAAGAGCUGACUCAGGCUCUUCAGGAGAAGGAGCAGCAGGCAGCUCUGGCUCUGGAGGAGGCGGAGCUGCAGAAGACUGCCCUCCAGAAGGAGGGGCAUAGCCAGGCCCAAGGGCUGCAGCAGGAUCUGGAGACUGCCAGGACUAGAAUUCUGGAACUUGAGAGCUUCUUGAAGAGUUCCCAGGACACAACGGCAGAGUCCAGCAUGCUGUCAGAGCAGAUAGAAGAGGAAAGGAGGAAACAUGUGGAGGACAUGUCUGCUCUGGGGCUGAAGCAUAGUGGAGAGCUGGAGGCCUUGGGCCAGAGCCACCAGGUGGCUCUAAAAGAGCUGCAAGAGAAGCACCAAGCUGAGCUGGAGGCUGCCCUGAAGGAAAAAGAGCAGCAGUUCCAGGAACAUGUGGAGGAAAUGAAUGUCAAGUGCAUGGAGAAGUUGGACGUGAAACAGAUGGAGCUGGAAUCCCUGUCCGCGGAACUCUCUGAGUUGCUUAGAAGCAAGGAGCUGCUGGAGGAGCAGCUAGAGGCCUCCAGGAAUGGUUCUGAUGCGACCGGGAAGGAGUUGGAGAUGCGGCUCCAGCAAGAACGCUCCCGGUACCAGGAGGAGAUUCAGGGCAUCAAAUCUCAACAUGAACAGUCUCUGGGAGGAGUGGAGAAGACCCUGAAGGAGGAACUCAACAAGCUGAAGAUGGUCCUAGAAGAUAAAGAUAAAGCGUUGGAAGAGCUCUUAGCAAGAGAGAAAGACCUUAAAGAAGCAGAGGCAAGAGCUCUGGAGGAAGGGAAGGUUCAGUUGGAACAGCUGGCUGUUUCUCACCGUAAGAAGAUGGAAGAAUGGGAAGAACAGAGCAAGGUCAUGAAGGAGACCGAGAAGACCCGUGAACUGGAAUUGGAAGAGCUCAGGCAAAGUCUGCAGAAAGCCCAGACUGAAAAAGAGGUUUUGCUUGAAGCAAGCGCUCAGUUGAAUGAGGCUACAGGUGAGCUGGAACGAUGCAGGAGUCAAAUCAAAGAUCUAGAUCAAAAGCUGGAAGAAACCCAGAGGGUUUGGGAGGAAAAGACAGAGUCGCUUCAGCAGAAAUAUUCAGCUGAGGAACAGGAGCUGAAACUUCAGGUAGAGCAAGCCAAAAAUGAACUAUCCGAACGUGAGAGGGCCUUUGCAGAAACACUAGACGCACACCGACAGGUGGAGGAGCAGUUAAAAAAGACGCUGCAGGAGGAGGCAGCUGCCGCUGAAAAGAGGCUGGAAACCACCAGGCAGCAGCUGGAGGAAAAAAUAAAAGUGCAGGACACCAAGAUGGAAAAACUCAAGCUCAAGUUCAGAGAGAUACAGGAGAAGAUGAAAAAGCGCCUGCAGGAGCAAGAAGAGAAGAUGAAAGCGGAAAUUGAGAAGAAAGACCAAGAGCUGAGUCUGAAGGAUCUGCAGGUGAAGGAGAAGAUCCUGGAGAUGGGUCAAGCGAGCUCGGCCGGCAUCAGCAAUGCGAUCUCUCAGCUGGAAGCUGGUCAUCAGGAGCAGCUGGAGAAGCUGCAGUCGGCGCACAGAAAAGAGCAGGAAGAGCAGGCACAGAGCUGGCAGGCUAAACUGAGCCAGCAAGAGGAGGAGGGACAGGAGAAGGCUCAGGAGCUGGUGGAGGUCACCCAACAGCUGGAAACCACCAGGGCAGAGAAGGAGCAGGUCAUGCAGGAAAUAAAAGACCUCAGGGAGGAGCUUGCGAUGCGGGAAACCACUGUGCAGAAGCUGCAGGCAGAGCUGAAGGAAGCUGCCCUCUCGCUGGAGAGCUUGUCUCAAGGAGAAACGAUGCUGAAGGCACAAGUGGAGACUGUGGAGAAGAACCUCAACCAGGCUCUCAGCGAUAGGAAUGCUCUUCAGGACCAAAUGAAUAAAGCUGAAGAGGCCCAUGUAGGAAAAGUUCUGGAUCUGUCAAGGCAGCUUGAAGACACCCAAAACAAGUUAAAUUUUCUGGAAACUUCCAACUCUAAAGAAGGUGAGGAUCUUCACAAGAGACUGGAACAGAGUGUCCUACAAAUCAAAGCCAUGGAAGAUGCCUUUCACAGCCAAAUCAGUAUGAUCAAGGAACAGUUAGUCUGUAAAAGUACAGAAGUACAGAUGAUAAUGGAGGGCAGGUAUAAUGAACUGCAUGAGACAGUAGAGGGCAGGGUCAUGACAUUGAAAGACAGAGUCAUUUGCAGCCAGAAGUCAGUAGCACAGCUUAAAAAUGCCAUCCUUAUCAGGACUGACAGGAUCCGUUCUUUGGAAGAACAGAUUCAGAAAAAGACUAUGGAGAACAGUGACUUAAUAAGUUCACUUGAACAAAUGACGUUACAGGUAAAUUCAAAGGCAGAACACAUUGAAGCAUUAAGAAUUGAAAAAGAAUCUCUACAAAGAAAUGGUAGUGGCACCUUGCACGCUCUUUCUGAGAAAGACCUUUGCAUUGAGCAGCUGAGGAAGGACAAUGUCGCCCUUUCAGAAGAUCUGAAAGCUAAUGCUUUGCAUAUCAGCAGCUUGGAAGGCAUAAUAAAUGACUUGAAAAUCCAGGUAGAUAGUACCAUAGCAGGGAAAGAAGAGGUCGUAUCAUCGCUCAAUGAGGAGCAGCGGAAGCUUUUAAACCAAAUGGAGGAACUGUCAAAGACUGUAGAGAUGCUAAACAAGGAGAAAUCCUCUGCUCUGGAGCAGGCGGAGCAGUUUAAGAACAAACUGUCAGAGUUCAAAAAGAAAGCUGAAUCGAAGUUGUCCCAAAACCACAACACCAUCAAGGCCUUGCAGACCAAACUGGAGGAAUCGGAGAAGCAAGUAGCAGAGAGAGAUGCGCGCCUAGAAACGUCGACCAGCCAUGUGGACAGUCAGGCCACCAGCAAGUCGGAGGCAGACCAGGCACUGAGCGAGAAAGAGCAGAGUGUUCUCGCGCUGACCGCGGAGCUGACGAGCAGUGCCGGCAGAAUAGCGGAGCUGGAGGAAAAGCUGGCGGAACAGGCGAAGGAGUGCGAGCGGCUGAGAUCGGAGACCCAAACGGCUCAUCAGGACCUGGAGCAACAGAAGGAAGAUUUCAACAAAGUGAAGGCUGAACUUCUGAUGGCCAAAGAUGAGGCUCUUAGGGAAGCUGACGAAAGGCUCUCGUCGGAGGGUGCAGGCAAACUGGCCGAGCUGAAGAAGAAGGCUGAGCAGAAAAUCGGCCUUGUUCGGAAGCAGCUGACUGCGCAGCUAGAAGAGAAAGAGCAGUGUGUGAGAGCUUUGGAGGGGCAGCUGGAGGAAAUCAAACAGGACAUAAACACAAGGGAGGAGUGCAUCAAAACACUGAAAGAGCAGGUACAGUCCCUGGAAGAUUCCCUGGCUCAGAAGGGCGAGCUGGAAACGCAGGUGAAGGACACUAUGGCUGAGGGUGAACUAGAGACAGAGAGAUCUCUGCAGAGCUUGAGGGAGAUGUAUGAAGAGAAACUAAGUGCACUCCAGAGAGAAGUGGCCAGCCACGAGAACACAAUAGCAGCAAUUCAAGAGAGUGAAAAGGAAAAGCUGUCCUCUCAACAGGAAACACACGCCAGGCUUGAAGAGGCCCUGAAUAAACUGAAGCAGGCAGAGGAGGAGAACAUCAGACAUCAAGCCGAGAUUAACAGGCUGAAUGCACACGUCCUUCAGCAGACCUCACAGCCCCAGGAGCAGCUGACAGAGACUUCUGCGGAUCCUCAGGGGCAAAGACAACCAAAAGCAGAAAAGCAGGAAGAAAAGGAAUGCUGUCUGGAGGAAGAGAAGAACAGUGUGGGCGAGAUUGAGGCCUGUCUGGUUGCCCAACAGGACAGUCUGAAACAGGAGCGGGACUCCUUAGUGGAAACCUAUGAGCUGAGGCUCCAGAACAUGCAGAAACAGCUGGAGGUGAGCGAGAGCUUGCUGAGGGCUUAUGAGGAAGAUUCUCCUCAGAGGGCAGCCGUCAACUCCGAGGGUCUGUUGAGUGAGAUGAGGGCCGAGCAGAAACGCCUACUCGGUCAACUGUCUGAGGCAGAAACUGAGAAGCAGAAGCUGCGCAAGUCCUUCAGCAGCCUGCAGAAAGACCUGCGCUCUCUGCGCAAAGAGCACCAGGUGGAACUGGAGUAUCUGAAGAAAGAGAUGGCUGAAGAGUAUGACAAGAAAUUGAAGCUGGAAAUGGAGGAUGUGGAGAUGAAGCACAGUUCAGGACUGAAGCAGUUAAUGAGGGAAUUCAACACACAGAUUGCUAAGAAGGAACAGGAGCUGGAGGCUUCUGUCAGAGAGGCUGUUGGAAAAGCUCAGGAGGUGGAAGUUGAACUGUUGGAUAACCACAGAGAAGAAGCAAAUCAACUGCAGAAGAUCAUCACUCAAAAAGAUGCCGAUCUCAAGAGAACUGUGCAGAGAUAUGAGGAAAUCCUGCAGAAAAGAGAGGAAGAGAUGGGGGCGCGAGUCUGGGAGGUGCAGAAGGAGCUGGAGGAGCUACAGCAAAGGACUCAGAACAUCCCACAGGGGUCUCUACCAGAGCUGCAGGCUCAGCUCGCACAGAAGACCACCCUCCUGAGUGAGGCCAAGCUGAAAGAGCAGGAGUUCCAGGAAACGAUCCACACACUAGAGGACAAACUUCGAUGUGUCCACAAGAAUUCAGUGGUGACUCACCUAGGAUCUGCAUAUGGAGAUGGUAGACACUACGAGGCCUUGACGGAACCCACCGAGUUUGAGUACCUGAGGAAGGUUCUGUUUGAGUACAUGAUGGGCCGAGAGACUAAGACCAUGGCCAAAGUCAUCACAUCUGUGCUCAAAUUCCCCCCUGACCAGACUCAGACCAUCCUGGAAAAGGAGGACUCCAGAACACUUACAUGGCUGCGCUGAGAUCUUACAGCGGUAUCAAUGAUGGAGCUGGGGAAGGAACUGCUGCUGCAAUAUCAAGUUAAUGUGGAGUUACACCGCUGACGACUUGAACUAAACUGACGUCUGUCCUCUUGUCUUGGGUGGGUGUGUGUGUGUGUGUGCGCGUGCAUGCGUGUAUUUGUAUGUGUGUGUGUGUUCCCAUGUGUGGUACAUAGUGCAGGGGAAUGGUUAUAAUAUCCCAGGGAGUAAAUAAGCAGAAGGUGUGGCCCAUAGAGAUUCUUCAUAUCUGCUUUGGGGCUAAUAAUAAUGCUUUUUUUAAAUAAUGAAUUUUCAGUUGGUCAAAGGUUUAUGUGUUUUUCUGUUUUUUUUUCUUGGCUUGAGGUAUUUUGAAUGAAUGAAUAGUGCAAUAAAUUAGAUUUUUUUUUCUGUUUUAGUUUUUUACUGUUUUCUGUUCCUUUUCUCUCGAUGUGUAAGCUGAAUCUACUUACCUAUCUCCUCUUCCAUCGGCUUUGAGCGAUAAUGACACUGGAUCUAGUACCUCGUUUGUUUACCACGGCUUUUGUACUUUAUAUUUUAUGGAUAAAUGCAGAUUGAUGAAAAUGCUUAUUCUAUUGUAAAUUGUAAAUAAGGAAUUUAAAUCUGUAUAUUAAAAUCUGGGCAUAUUGUGAUUGUUGCUAUAUUAAUACAUUUACAGACAAGCUAAUAAAAUUUUAUUUACAGUA